GCGCCCUGCUGACGCAACCACGUCAGUGCUGCUCAGUUGCAUGGCCGUCAGCAAUGUCCCCAGAACGGCCCAGGGAGGGACCGAGCAAAGUCACGGAGCCACCCUCUCUCUCUCGCAUUGUGCCGCCGGCCGGACCACCUGUUAAAGAGCAGCCGCUGCCGUCGCCUCGGUGCCGGCCGUAAAGUAGCAUGCGGGACGGGAUCUGCUCGGAGCGCACUGAGCGGGACGAGCCCAAAGUGAAGUGAGAAGGAGCGGAGAGAGCCGCGCUUCCGCACCGCACGUUCAGCCAGCAGCAAGUUGCCCGGCUGAACCACACACGCACGCGCACACACAGAGACGCACAAAAAAAAGUCGCGUCGACGGUAAAGGGGACAGACGCUCUCGGAUUUAACGGAGCUUUUCAGGGGACAUUGGUUUCAGCAAACAUGAAAUUCGCGGAGCACCUUGCGUCCCACAUCACCCCAGAGUGGAGGAAGCAGUAUCUUCUCUAUGAGGCCUUCAAGGACAUGCUGUAUGGGGCCCAGGACCAAGCCCCAGCCGUAGAAGUCACAGAUGAAGACACGGUGAAGAGAUACUACGCUAAGUUUGAGGAGAGGUUUUUCCAGACCUGCGAGAAGGAGCUUCUGAAAAUCAACACGUUCUAUUCAGAAAAGCUUGCUGAAGCUCAGAGACGGUUUGCGACGCUGCAAAAUGAGCUGCAGUCGUCUCUGGACGCCCAGCGAGAGAACAGCGCUCCGCCCAGCCUCCGCAAGCGCAAGACGAUGUUCCACCUGUCGCAGGAGGAGCGCUGCAAGCACCACAACAUCAAGGACCUGAAGCUAGCCUUCAGCGAGUUCUACCUCAGCCUAAUCCUGCUCCAGAACUACCAGAACCUGAACUUCACUGGUUUCCGUAAGAUCCUGAAAAAACAUGACAAGAUCCUGGACACGAGUCGCGGAGCCGACUGGCGCGUGGCUCAUGUGGAGGUGGCUCCUUUUUACACCUGCAAGAAGAUCACCCAGCUCAUCACUGAGACAGAGACCCUGGUCACCACAGAGCUGGAGGAAGGAGAUCGUCAGAGGGCCAUGAAGAGGUUGAGAGUUCCUCCUCUGGGGGCAGCUCAGCCUGCUAUGGCCUGGACCACAUUUAGAGUCGGUCUCUUCUGUGGCUUCUUCAUCAUUCUGGGUGUCGCCUUUGUUCUAACUGGUGCUGUUUUCAUCCGCGACAAGAACAUUUGGCCUCUGGUGAGGAUCUAUCGUGGCGGUUUCCUGUUGAUCCAGUUCCUCUUCCUGCUGGGGAUUAACACCUACGGAUGGAGACAGAACGGAGUCAACCACGUCCUCAUCUUUGAGAUUGACCCAAGAAACAACCUGUCACACCAGCACCUGUUUGAGAUUGCUGGUUUCCUGGGUGUGUUAUGGUGUCUCAGCAUCCUCUCGUGUCUAUUCUCAGAGUACACCUACCUGCCCAUGCAGAUCAACCCUCUUAUUUUUUACGGCUUCGUGGUGCUCUUCCUCAUCAACCCAUUUAAAACCUGCUACUACAAAUCCCGCUUCUGGCUCCUCAAACUGCUGUUUCGCGUGUUCACGGCACCGUUUCAUCGGGUGGAGUUUGCAGACUUCUGGCUGGCAGAUCAGCUCAACUCUCUGGUGUUUGUGCUCAUGGACCUGGAGUAUCUCAUCUGCUUCUACAUAUUUGAGCUUCAGUGGAGCGACAGCAAGGGGCUGCUGCUACCCCAAGGUUCCAACGACCACAUCUGCCACAGCUACUGGUACGGCCUGCGCGCCAUCAUCCAGUGUCUGCCCGCCUGGCUCCGCUUCAUCCAAUGCCUGAGGCGUUACCGCGACACCAAGAGGGCCUUCCCGCACCUGGUCAACGCCGGCAAAUACUCCACCACCUUCUUUGUGGUCACCUUCGCGGCCCUCUACGCCACGCACAACGAACAAGGCCACACGGACGCGGACAUGUUUUUGUACCUCCUGAUCGUGUUCUCCACCAUCAGCUCCCUCUACACUCUGAUCUGGGAUCUGCGUAUGGACUGGGGUCUGUUCGAUCGCGGCGCCGGAGAAAACACCUUCCUGAGAGAAGAAAUCGUGUACCCGCACAAGGCCUACUACUACUGUGCCAUCGUGGAGGAUGUGAUCCUGCGCUUUGCCUGGACCAUCCAGAUCUCUCUGGUCACGAUGACCCGGGCUCACUCUGUGGGCGACGUGGUGGCCACCGUCCUGGCUCCGCUUGAAGUCUUCAGGCGUUUUGUCUGGAACUUCUUCCGUCUGGAGAACGAGCAUCUGAAUAACUGCGGUGAGUUUCGAGCGGUGCGCGAUAUCUCUGUGGCGCCGCUCAACGCUGACGACCAGACGCUGCUGGAGCAGAUGAUGGACCAGGAGGACGGCGUCAGGAACCGCUCCGGAAAGAAGACCUGGAAGAGGUCCUACAGCCUGUCUCUACGACGCCCCCUGCUGUCCUCCUCACAAUCCAAGAAGGACACAAAGGUGCUGAUUGAAGACACGGACGACGAGGCCUUCAGCUGAGUCCACUCCCAUCGUCAUCCACACACCACACUAUACUAUACUUAUAAGGACCUUCUUUCUUUUGUUCCCUUCGUUAUAGUGCAACAUGUUGGCUUAAGCAUUAGUGGGGGGGAAAAAAAGGAGGUCCUCGCAUUAAACAGAAGUUACCUCAUCUUUAAAGUCCCUUAAAGUGUAGAGUUGGUCUUUAUAAGUAUAGAAAACAGCAAGUAUAAUCCAGAGACACGCAAACACAAAGAGAAACCCGCUGAAGCACAAGCAACGUGUCAUCUGGGUCCCGCUGAGGAGAGAGCUGAUGCUACAUUCACACACACGGACCGAUGUCAAAGAAACCUUCUUCACCUUACCUACAGCAGCAGGCCGCACUGCCUGGGAUUACCCUCUGCUUUUAUUAAAAUGGACUUCUUUAGUAUCUGUAUUUUUUAUUAUUUUUUUUACUUUGAGAUGUUUGGGGUUUGGUUAAGUUUCUCUUCAGGACAGGCUGCAGACGACUGUUCACACGCCUUUCUAACACCGCUAGGAUCUACAGGGAGAAGACGAAGCCAAUAAAAAAAGACUAAAACCAGAAAUCUAAGGAAUGACUGAACAUUCGUGGCAGCAUAUCUAACCAAUCAACUGGUUUCAGCUUGUUGAUUCUUUUUAUACUUCCUUUUUGUUGAGUUUUGUUUGCUCUUUAGUUUGUAGUAAAACGUCAGCGAGCGAUCACAACCCUCGGAGCACUUGCAGGGAAAGUGCGUUUACAACAUUAACAUGAAGAAAAAAAAAAAGGCGUUUCGAUUCAGACGCCUUUGUUUGAAACUUCUUUGUUAUAUAUUUUAAAGUGUAUUACUACUAUAGAUGUGUUGUUUAUACUAAUAGGACUAGUUUGAACACCCUCACGUUGACUGUUGAUGUAUUUUAUAACAUGAAAGGUGCCACGAGAAACACAGAGCCCUGAGGUACUCCCCCAAACUUCAAUUAGUGGAUUUUAAAUCUCCGAUGUUAUCUCAAAGUGCUCUUUUACGCCAACCACAGCUAAGGUGCAUGCAUUUCAAUUAACACUGAUUACCAAAGGUUUUUGUCAUAUGAAUGUGAUUCAAAUGGGGAUUACGUUUUAUUUUUCUUCUUCCCCCCAUCAAGUCUGCCUGAACGAGUCAAAAAG